GAGCCCCUUUGCUCCAAACUUCAUAGAUAAAAAGAAGCGCUUCCCCUAAUCAUUUUCCCACCUCCCACGAGAUGAACGACAACGGCGACGAUCCCAAGACCCCUCUCCUCCCGGUCCGGGACGACCAUGGCGGCGGAGGAGGGCCGCCCGUUCCACCUCCAUCGUCCUCCGGCCUCAACCUCUUCACCCCCGGCAACGUGUUCAUCGCGCUCGGCCCGCUCCUGUGCGCCGCGACGUGCCUCUGCGUGAGGCUCGACGGGCCGGUGAGCAGCCGCAACAUGCUCGGCGUGCUGGCGUGGAUGUUUGCGUGGUGGCUGACCGAGGCAGUCCCGAUGCCGGUGACCUCGAUGGCGCCGCUCUUCCUGUUCCCGAUGCUCGGGAUUGCCGCCGCCGACGACGUCGCCAGGUCUUACAUGGACGACGUGAUCGCCCUCGUUCUCGGGAGCUUCAUUCUUGCUCUCGCCGUCGAGCACUACAACAUCCACCGGAGACUCGCCUUGAAUGUAACGUUACUCUUCUGCGGAGAGCCACUGAACCCGCCUCUGUUGCUCCUUGGGAUAUGCGCCACCACGGCGUUUGUGAGCAUGUGGAUGCACAACGUGGCGGCGGCGGUGAUGAUGAUGCCCGUCGCCACGGGGAUCCUCCAGCGCCUCCCGGAGGGGCCCGCCCAGCCCGAGGCGGCGCGCAAGUUCUGCAAGGCGGUGGUGCUGGGGGUGAUAUACUCCUCCGCCGUGGGUGGGAUGAGCACCCUCACCGGGACGGGCGUCAACCUGAUCCUGGUGGGGAUGUGGAAGAGCUAUUUCCCUGAGGCCGACCCCAUCAGCUUCAACACAUGGUUCUUCUUUGGGUUCCCCCUGGCCUUGCUGAUCUUCGUGGCCUUGUGGGGGAUUCUCUGCUUGAUGUAUUGUUCCAGGGGCUCGGGAAGGGCUCUGUCUGCUUACUUGGACAAGGCCCAUCUCAAGAGGGAGCUUGAAUUGCUAGGUCCAAUGGCAUUUGCUGAAAAGAUGGUGCUGGCCGUCUUCUCGAUGCUGAUAGUUUUGUGGAUGACAAGAAGCAUAACAGAUGACAUUCCCGGUUGGGGAGCUCUUUUUAAAGGGAGAGCAGGCGAUGGAACCGUUAGUGUGAUGAUGGCGACGUUGCUCUUCAUAAUCCCGAACAAGAAGCAGAAAGGAGAGAAACUGAUGGAUUGGAACAAGUGCAAGAAGCUGCCGUGGAACAUCAUCCUCCUCCUCGGGGCCGGCUUCGCAAUCGCCGACGGGGUCCGCUCCAGUGGGCUUGCAGAUGUCCUGUCGGAAACUCUAGGUUUCCUAGAGGAGGUGCCGUACCUGGCCAUCGCCCCGGCUGUCUGCAUCAUAAGCGGGACGAUCACUGAGUUCACUUCGAACAAUGCGACCACGACGCUCCUCGUCCCUCUCCUCAUCCAGAUUGCCAAGACCAUGGGCGUGCACCCGCUGCUCCUAAUGGUUCCUGGAGCGAUCGGGGCUCAGUUUGCUUUCUUGCUACCCACCGGCACUCCGUCCAACAUCGUCGGCUUCACAACCGGCCACAUCGAAAUCACCGACAUGAUCAAGGUCGGGUUGCCUCUCAAGAUUGCCGGCAUUGCCAUACUAUCCUUGCUGAUGCCCACAUUAGGAGCAUAUGUCUUGGGAACAAAUGGUAAGGUCCCAUAGCAGAGGAGAGAUGUCUUCUGUCUUUUGGAGCUUCGCUUCCCAAAUUCAACAGGAAAAUAAAGGAUCCAAGAUUCAUCAACAGUGUAAUGCAAGUGUUGGAUUAAUUCUUUGGGACUAUUUUUAAUUUUCCUUAUCACCUCUGUAUAUAAAACGACCGAAUUUGUAGCGGGCAAACAGACAUGUGGUCCAAUUGUUUUUUUUCAUUUUUUCUGCUGAA